CUUAUUCAUCUCAGAACAGAUUCAUUGGGUGCAACAAUGUGUCAUCCUGGUGUCAUCCUGUGUCUUUACCUGCUCAUUUUAACCUUUUCUGUAAACCUCCACCUCGACACUGCCCUGUCUCUUCCCCUCACGGCUGCUCCAAUCUUUAAGGAUACACCUUUUGCAGUCGUAUGGAACGCUCCUAUGCAAGUGUGCCAGAACCUUAAGAUUCCUUUGGACUUUUCUGUCUUCCAAGCAGUGACCACACCAGCCAGUGACCCUAAUCAGUUUCUUUUCCUGUUCUACUCCAAUCGGCUUGGACUAUACCCAUAUACAGACCCGAGCACAGGGAGGGAGGUUAACGGAGGUAUUCCACAGAAGGGAAACCUGACAGCUAGCCUCGCGAAAGCUCAUAAUGAUAUCAUCCAGUAUAUUCCUGAAUUCAGCCCAGGCUUGGCUGUGAUUGACUGGGAGGAAUGGCGUCCACUGUGGGCCAGGAAUUGGGACUCCAAAGACAUCUAUCGGAAGCUUUCCAUUCAGUAUGCAAUGGAAAAUAAUCCACUUCUAUCAGUCAGUGAGGCUGAUGCUGUUGCUGAGCAGCAAUUUGAGAACGCAGCCAGGGCUUAUAUGGAGAAGACCAUGCAGCUAGGGAUCAAACUUCGCCCAAACUACCUCUGGGGUUUCUACCUGUUUCCAGAUUGUUAUAACUAUGGAUGGGGUAAACCAGGCUACACAGGUGAAUGUCCAGCGAUCGAGAAAAGCCGCAACGAUGAGCUCCUUUGGCUGUGGGAGUCUAGUACAGCUUUAUUCCCCUCAAUAUAUCUGCAGAGCAGUCUGAGGGAACAACCCGAUGCAGCUCUAUUUGUCCAGGGUCGUGUGAAGGAAGCUGUGAGGGUGUCUGCUCUUCCUAAGUCUCUCUACACUUCACCAAUUUAUGUCUAUUUACGCCCUGUCUUCACUAAUCAGAACAAAAUAUUUCUGAGUGAGGCAGAUCUAAUCCAUACUAUUGGAGAGAGUGCAGCUUUAGGUGCAUCAGGUGUAGUGCUCUGGGGUGCAAGUGCUGACUACAACAGCAAGUCUUCAUGUGAAGCACUGGCUGCUUAUCUGCUCUCUACACUUAACCCUUACGUGGCCAAUGUAACUGCAGCUGCAAAACUCUGCAGUCAGACCCUGUGCCAAGGCCACGGCCGCUGCGUCCGCCAGAACCCAGACUCGGCGGUCUACCUGUACCUAAACCCAAAUAGCUUCAGCAUUCAGCAGCGUGAUGGGAAAUAUGUAGCUGUCGGUGUGCCUUCCCAAAGUGAUCUUGAUGUCUUUAUAAACAGAUUUACCUGUCAGUGUUACGCAGGUCAGGUGUGUUCUGCCCUCACGUCCAUUUCGCCUCCCAAGACUCCAGUAGUUAUUCAUGUUUGAUUUAAAGUCUUCUUGCUACCUGAAUGUCCUUCUGUUAAAUAAUGACAAAGUGGAAUUGAUAUCAAAAUAAUCAAUUCUAUCAAUCAAAAACAACAUGUAAACAAAGCUCCUUCAAAAUGAUGAUUUAGAGCAGUAUUAGAGGAAGAGAUACACAGAGAAAUUAUUGCAAUAUGAAGAGAUAUCUAGAAAAAGGCAAAUUAAAAAAAAAAUAAAAAUAGCAAUUAAAUAAAAACAACCCUACAAGCAUCCUGGUUAAGCGUCUAAAGUGACACUACACUACACUGUGUUAUAUAUCAAUAUAUUACAUCAUUUUUUUCACCUCGAAGCUUUGUGGUAAAGGUCUUGGUGAUGCUCAGUGCAGUACAGUAUAGGAGAUGUCCAGGAUUCAGAAUAAAUGGAAAUGAUUAUGCUUUAAUGAAGCACAGACACAGCAGGCACAAUAAUCACAAUAAAAAAAAAAAUUAAGCAAUGCUUAUUAGAAGGUAGAGAAAGAUUUCAUUGAAGGAUUUUGCAGACUUUAAAGAAAAUGGCAAGAAACAUGGGAGAGAAAUCUGGCAAUUUUAUUUAUUUUUUAUUUCAUUUUUAAAAAUUGCUCAUUAAGUCUUUGCACCUUUUUAUUAAUUAAUUAUUUAUUUUUAUUUUGCCACAAAUAUUAAUUAAGGACCACUUGUUGCUUCAGUGAAUUUCUAGCAAUGAAGUGUCUCCCUCUAGUGGAUGAAUAAUUAACUGAAUAAUAAUGAUCAUAAUAAUAAAGUGAACUUU